UGUUCAAACAAAAAAAGUAUUUUACUUUAUUUUAUUAUUAUUUGUUACUAAUUGGAAAGAAUACAAUAUAUUAUUUCCGGAAUCAGCAAGUGUAAAUACUAUGACAAAAAGAAAAAUGUCAGUGAAGAACACUACUUUUACUUUAUUACAUAUAUUUUUGUGGCUUUAUAACUUUGGAUACUUUUAAAAAAACCAUAAUCAUUUUGUGGCAGAAAUUAUGUUGUUUUUCUAAAGAGCGAAAUGAUGUUGUUGAACACUUGAACUGCUGAGUUAAGCAAAAAAAAGAGCACUUAAACUAUAUGUCAAACAAAUCAUCAGCCUGCUUUGUCCCCGAAUAACUCGCAUUUUUUUUAUAUGACUCAGAUUAGUAGAGUGAGUUAUCAGAUCUGAAGUCGAACUAAACCGAUUAACUAGUCGGUGUGAUCACUGAGAAAGGCCGUAUCUAAUAGGUGAGAAGUACAUUUGCACCAAAAACUCUGAAAAUUAACAAAAAUCGAUGUACUUUAAGGUCCAAAAUAUUAAAAACAAAAUUUACAUGAUCCAAAUUUUAAAUAUUACGUAGGGACCAAAGUUUUUUGAUAUUUUGAGCCGGUAAAACGAGAUAUUCAUAAUAUGGUCUUUAGAAACAAAAAAUAUAUUCAUAAUAUGGUCAUAUGUUAGGGAAUGGAUUUAAAAGAUAAAUAUAUAAAAAAAAUGAUAAAUAUAUUUGGGACAUUUAUAUUAAAUAUUAAAAGAAUGUAAUUAGUUGAUAUACAUUAUGAAAAUAUUACAUAAAAUAUCUAUUUUAUUUAACUGAAUAUUUAUUUUUGGACAUAAUAAUUUCAACCUUAUAUAGAACAUACAAAAUUUAAGUAAAGCAAAUUAUAAAAUAAAAAGUAAACGAUAUUAUAAAAUAAUUAUAAAUUAUUUAUGAAAAAAGGAAGGAGCUCAUUGUAGAGCAAAGAAAAGCCACAUAAACAAUUAUAAAAUUUAAGAAUACACUACAAGAAAAUAAACAAAAAUAUUUAUGGGAACCAGAAAAGAGAACUUGUUUUAAAGAAAUUGUUGAGAGGCUUGUCUCAAAUUAAUAGAGACAAAACUAAUUUUUCAAAAUGUUCAAAGCUAAACUAUAGCUAAUGUAGUUUAUGGUAUUGCUUUAGUAUGGUCCGUAUGGAACACGUAACAUUAACGUUGGUCCACUUCCCAUAUUGGCCGGUGAAUAUUUCUAUGGUCACAAGACUCGCACCUCACACUACUUCUCAAGAUAUUUCAUAUUAUAUAAUUUGUAAAGAAUUAUUGUGUCUGAGUUGGUUUUAAUCUCUGAACAAUUUUUUUGCGUGCCGAAAUAAAUGUUCACAUGAGCUCUGCAUCACGGGCGGCGUAAACUGAGGCAAACUCUAUUCAAUUUGGUUGAAGAUGCGGCAAGGCAAACGAUGAAGCUUCUAAUGUUGAUUUGAUCAAAUCAUACAUCAAUUAAAUGAAAACAAACGAUCGAUCAUCUACUAAAACCUAAAUCAAAUCGAAGAUGCCACUGCCACAUACAUUUAUUAGAUAAGGUUUCUAAAACAAAUUCACACACCUCAGUUCAAUAUCUGAUCAUACAUUUUUUAAUAAACAUAGCACAAGAUUUUCCAACCCAAGAUAUUUUUAAUAAGUAGUUUGUCCGGAAUCAAGAUCAAAUAUCAUAUGAAAUCCAAAAAUUUCAUAAAUUAAAUCAAUUCAAAUAAUAUUAAGUUUCACCUGUAACCAAAAGAUUACAUAUAUAUAUUUAAUUGGAAACUCAGCGCUCAAAACAUUACUAUACAUACUAAACAUCUACUUGUAUUGCAAAAAGACACAACUUUACAUCAGUUUAGCAUAAGCUCAACCAGUUUGAGUGGACAUCUAAUGAUUACCUACAAAACAAACAAAGUAAUGAGUAACUAACUAUUUACCACAAUUGAAAUAUCUAAUUUUUUGGAAGUUAAAAUAUUUUUUUUAAUGCUUCUUUCACUAUCGACCAAAUUGUAGUAAAAUGUUUUGUUUUGAUAAUUUUCUUUUCUAUUUUUAACUAUUAUAUGUUUAGAAACUAUAAUAUAAAACCAUUAGUUCGACAUCACGACUAUCUAAAAUUCAUAAUAUGAAAAUAAAUAAAUAAUAGUAAUUUUUUAUUAUCACAGGAAAAAACAAACAUCAAACAUUUUAACCGAACAAAUCAAAUAAAUAUUGUUUUAAAAUGAUAGUUAUAUUUUAGGAGAUUAAAAACUAAAAAACAGCUUAAAACCGAACUGAUAUCCAGAUUAAACGGAUUAAUGUCUUCUUAUUAAAAAAUAACAAAACUAAUAAUCACGUGCAAGGUGCGGAUUAUUACUUACUAUCCUGAUGUUGAUGUUGAUGUUGAUGUUGAUGUUAGAAUCGAUGGUAAAUUGGUAUUUUACGUAAUGGAAAUAAUGUAGUUAAAUAGAUGGGCCCUUAAUGGACUCAACUAUUCCAAACGUUUAGAUAGCCCAAUAAAAUUGCCGCGAAGGCGAUGGUUCAAAAACGGCAACCGAAUAAAAUCGAGCGGCGAAACUGUCUGCAUGUAGCGUUUUCCCGCUACUCCCAUUUUCCCUCUUUGUUUUUUUUUUCCUUUUUUUCAUUAUUAUUUUCUGCCAUUUCCUCUUAAUAAACCAGCAUCGACCAUGAGAUUGGUUCUCCACUUGGAUUCGAUCUCAAUCUCAAUCUCAAUCUCAAUCUCGAUCUCGAACUCUCUCCUUUUUUUUUCUCUACGAUGCCUACCAUCGCCGGACCCAGUUCGUCUCCUCACAAGCACAUCGUCGCCGCCAGAUCGGAGAAUACCGGAGUUUCUGAAGUCAACACACCUCGGAAACGCAAGCUGAGAUCAGAUUCCGCCGCCGAGGUUGCAUCGACGGCGAUCGUAACGGAGAGUUCGUUUGCUACGCCGAUGAAAUGGAAAUCUCCUCGACGAUGUGCUGUUUCAAGCCCCAAAGCACUUAAGAAGGAAGAUUCUAAAGGCAAGCUGGAAAGUCCAGUGAUGUCAGCCGUGAAGGAUCGAUUUGAUUGUUUAGAUGUUAAAUCAAAGUGGAAUCCUAGAGAUGAUGAUCAAAUGAGGGCUGUGAAGGAGGCAUUGCAUGUGUCUAAGGCACCAUCAACUGUUGUUUGCCGCGAGGAUGAGCAAAGACGUGUUUUAGAGUUUGUUAAAGGUUGUAUGGAGCAGAAGAAGGCUGGGAGUUUGUAUAUAUGUGGCUGUCCUGGUACUGGGAAGUCAUUGUCGAUGGAGAAAAUAAGACAACAAGCUGACGACUGGGCACAACAGGAAGGCUUGCCUUGUCUGGAGACUGUGUCUGUUAAUUGCACAUCGCUGACAAAGACAACAGAUAUCUUCUCCAAGAUACUUGGUGAGAGUGAGACCGGGAAGAAAGUUAAUGGCUCUUCUUCACCUCUACAGCAACUUCAGGUUUUGUUUUCUCAAAAGCAGCAAUCAUCCAGCACAAAGAUGAUGCUGAUCAUUGCUGAUGAGAUGGAUUACUUGAUAACAAGAGAUCGAGGUGUCCUUCAUGAACUUUUUAUGCUCACAACUUUGCCAUUUUCAAGAUGUAUACUUAUAGGUGUAGCAAAUGCAAUAGACCUUGCAGAUCGUUUCCUUCCUAAAUUGAAGUCUCUUAAUUGCAAACCUUUGGUUGUCACUUUCCGUGCCUAUUCUAUGGAGCAGAUCCUAAGGAUACUACAAGAGAGGCUUGUGGAACUUCCAUAUGUUGCAUUUCAAUCAAAAGCCUUGGAGCUUUGUGCAAGAAAAGUAUCAGCUGCAUCAGGAGACAUGAGAAAGGCUCUAUCUGUCUGCAGGAGUGCCUUAGAAAUCUUAGAAACAGAAGUUAAAGGAUCAACAGAUCAAGAACCACAAAGUCCAGUUACAGAGGAUCAAGUGGUCAAGAUGGAUCAUAUGGUAGCUGCAUUGUCCAAGACAUUUAAAUCUCCAGUAGUUGACACCAUUCAGUCUCUCCCUCAACACCAGCAAAUCAUAGUCUGUUCUGCUGCAAAAGCAUUUAGAGGAAGCAAAAAGGACAGAAGCAUUGCAGAGUUAAAUAAGUUAUACACGGAAAUAUGUAAAUCUUCAAUGAUCACUCCAGCUGGAAUAACAGAGUUCACUAAUAUGUGUACAGUGCUGAACGACCAGGGGAUAUUAAAACUGAGUAAUGCUCGGGACGAUAAGCUAAAGAGAGUGAGCCUAAGAGUAGACGAAGCAGACAUCACAUUUGCUCUUAAGGAAAUUCGAUUCUUCCGCAACUGUCUUCUGUGAUAAAGUGGUUUCUUCAAUUGUUCUAUAGCAUACAAAAGAAGACUAAAAACUCAAUACGAACUCACAGAAAUUGUUAUGUAAAAGGAACACAAACAAAAUGUACUUUCUAGUUAUUUAAUUACAUUUUACUAAUUAGAGCCAAAUUUACAAUUUUAUCAUGUA